AUGCUGGAACUCAAGGCUGUUGGGUCUUCGAGAAAUCUAGGAGAAUGGUUCUUCCCUGAUGGUGUGCUGGCUGUGGCAAAGAUGAGCGACACUGUGUUCUUCUCCUUUGUUCUCUACCUGGGCAGCCAGUGGGGCGGAGAGCCUCACUCUAUCCCUGUGACUGAAGGCAAGGUUGGCCAAGAACUCCUGGUCUCCCCCGAUUCACCCCUAAGUACUAGGAUCACAGGUGUGCGCCCUCAUGCCUGCCUGACCGGGGAAAGAUUUAAUCACAGCCCAUCUUUUUUUUCCCCCGCAGGUGUGAAGAAUUUCUCCUCAAGUUCAAAGCAUCUUGAUGAAGAUUUGGCUAAACUAUUUGAUGACAUCAUGCUGCAGGUGUUCACCAGCAAUCUAGAUGAUGUAUCAAAAGAGGCGAGAACAGCUGGGAGACUGAUCACCUGGAGAGACGUGAAUGAAACUCACCUCCACCUGAACGGCUUCAACAAUUCUGAGUUUGCGUCAAGUUCACAUACGCAAGAGGACCAUUUGGCUAAGAUAUUUGAUGAGAUCCUGCUGCAGGUCUUUUCUAACGAUCCAAAAUAUUUAUCAAAAGAAGAUGCCAGAGCAGCUGAUAAGCUGGUUAUGUGGAGAGAUGUGGUGAAUGAAGCUCAUGUUGCUGAGAAGAUGAAUAAGGAAUCGUCUUUAUUCAACAGGGAUGUAAGCCAUCAGUUAACUACUGCCGCCAAAGAAACACUCCAAAGAUUAGUUAUUCGAGAUGCUCACAGUGAGGGUCUACCUUGCAGACAUCUGCUGAGCUUCCUGCAGAAGAAUAUCAUCACCGCCUCCAUCGCUGUGGCCGCAAUCCUCCUGGUCACCAUGUUCGUGGUGCUUCUACUGGUCACGUAUAUAAAGCGGAAACAGCCAAGGUAUCCUCCAGCAAACAUGACGUACAAUAUUUUCAUAAUGAACGGGAAGGCUUGGUGGCAAAAGUCUCAGGAAAAGCACCUCAAAAAAUUCACAGGAAAGCAGAAACACCUGAAGUGUAAUUCCUGCGUCUAAGCCGGUGGAAGAGCCAGCCAACUGUCACCAGGCCACUGUCGGAGGGUUCUUCUGUGCUAC